GCGCUACUCGCACAUGAAUGUCUGCCUCCAGCGGCCAAGAAACCGAGGGCCGGCGGCGCACGUUUGACUAUCCAGCUAACGUUUGGCAACACUGACAGGAUGGCAGCGUUCAAGGAGCGAAUGGAAGCUCUAAAGUCCGCUCUCGCUCCUGCGGGAGCACUGACCUCCAUUGAAGCCGAGUCCUGAGGAACUAGCCCUAGCCCUAGCCCUCAGCAGAGUCCUGAGGAACAUCCUUGGAGGAAGACUGAGCCAUACAGCCAGCUUGCACGCACUUUGUAUAUACGUAUAAUAUACUCGCGUGCG